CGUAACUGAUAAGAUGUGAAUUUUAUCUAUACUUGUUGUUAGUUUGUUGUGUUUUGAUUUAAUCCAAUUCCGAGGGCCUGUGCAAGCGAAAAACAACGAAAAUUGAUUUGGCAGCCAUUGCAGAUCGGCUUAGCACCCUGCUGGAGAUGGCGCUCCAGAUAGCGCAGAACAACCGCGACGGCCAGCAGCUGGUGGGCGCUGAUCAGGGAAAGGUGGAGGUGUACGUGCUGUUUGCAAACACCACAUACCGCACCCUGGACUUGUACUGGGUGUGCGAGCGGGAUCGGGAGAACAUGUACCUCACCCUCAAGCCCUUCGAGGAGGUCCGGGUGAACACGUUCACCACGCACAGCUGGCUGUUCCGGGACUACUACACGGGCGAACGGAUGCACGUACGCUCGCAGAGGAUCUUUCAGCCGAUCCGGGUGCGGGUGCCCAAGAACCAGCAGAGUCCGGACCAGCUGGUUGACGUGCGCAGCGAAGUGCUGAUUCACUUCCCGAUGAGAUCGUUGCGUGAAAACUGCCUAUGGCUGGUUGCCCGCUGGCUGAUCCGGACGAGCAACGCGCCACGGAGGAUUAUCCACGGAUACCACAUACCCUCGACGCUGAAGCAACAGCUUCUCAGCUUGCUUACCUGCAUCGAGUCCUAUUCCCGAGUGGCAGGCACCCGACGACGGCGUUAGGA